AUGAACGGCCCAUGGAGUCAAGUCGACCAUUCGACCGAGAACGGGAUGGUUUUGUCAUUGGAGAAGGAGCCGGAGUUGUGGUUCUCGAGGUACGCGAUCGCUGUGUGCAAGGUUGUCGUACCUGUCGUAUCUAAUCAGGUGCAGGAACUCGAGCACGCAAGGAAGCGAGGUGCGAACAUCUAUGCUGAAGUCGCCGGCUACGGACUGUCCAGCGACGCACACCACAUGACGGCACCUCGCGAAGAUGGCCAAGGCCCACGUCUCGCAAUGAAGCAUGCACUACGACAUGCCGGCCUCAAGCCAAGCGCUGUCGACUACGUGAACGCCCAUGCGACGAGCACCCCACUAGGUGAUGCUGCGGAGAACCGAGCCAUCAAAGAGCUUCUGCUUGGCGAAGACGGAAAGGAUAGAGCUUGUGAAAUCAAUCACUGGCAUACGCCACUGAUCUCGACAGCAAUCCUCUCAUACACUCUGGGCUUGCGCCAUGCCCUGGAUGCAGAUCAUAUUUCGGCGAUCGAUCUCAUGACUCGCCGUCUGGUUGCUGCAGGCCAGCGGCCAGUGACGGUUGGAAUGUUCUUCAGUCUCGGACAUUCUACCAUCGUCAUCAUCACGUCGCUCAUCGUUGCAGGAACUGCAGCGGCGGUGUCAGACAAGUUUGACAAUUUCGAGCGUGUCGGUGGCAUUAUCGGCACUUCAGUCUCUGCUGCUUUCUUGUUGCUCCUUGGUCUUAUGAACAUCUACAUUCUGUACAAGCUCAUAGUACAGAUGCGAAAGAUGGUUUCGAGCGACCCUGGUAGUGAGCACGAACAGUUCAAGAUACAGGGCGGCGGUUGCCUCUUCCCGAUAUUGCAGAAGCUCUUCAAGUUGGUCGACCGACCCUGGAAGAUGUAUCCUCUGGGUGUACUUUUCGGGCUAGGUUUCGACACUUCUUCCGAGAUCGCUAUCCUAGGAAUAAGUUCGAUUCAAGCCACGAAGGGGACAUCAAUUUGGCUGAUCUUGAUCUUUCCACUGCUCUUCACAGCAGGCAUGUGCCUUCUCGAUACCACCGAUGGUGCGCUGAUGAUGAGUCUGUACACAAGCACGCAACUUGCGCGCGACCCGAUCGCCAUUUGCUACUACAGCAUUGUGCUAACAGUCAUUACCGUGGUUGUCGCGACCAUCAUCGGGACAGUGCAGUUCCUCAAUCUGGUGCUCAACGUUGCCGAGCCGCAUGGCAAGUUUUGGGAAGGCGUCGAAAAGCUGGGCGAUGCUUGGGAUAUAGUUGGUGAGUUGAUUGAUCGCACUAAAAGAAUUCGACACUAA